GGAUUUGUUGACGUUCGUGAGUGUAGUUCUAACUCUGCGAAUGUAAGUACGUUUUUUAUAUCAUAAAUAGAAAAGAACACACUCGCUAAUUUGUGUGUUUUAGUUAUUCAAGUUGAACGGGUGUCAGGGACGAGGAACGUCAUCGAAAUGGUGUCGUUGAUAUGCACUUUAAAUGACCAUCGAGACGAUGUAAACUGCUGUGCAUUUUCCGCUAACUUGUUGGCUACCUGCUCAGUUGACAAGACCAUUCAUGUUUACUCAACCCGUGACUUUUGCGAGCUACCGUUUUCUCCUCUGUUGGGCCAUGGCUAUGUUGUUCACUGGUGUGCAUUCAGUCCCUGCGGACAGUACCUGGCGUCAUGCUCCACGGACGCCACCACGGUGAUCUGGCAAAUGGAUAGCGGCGAAAUCGAAGCCGUUUUGGAACAUCCUGGCCGAAGUCCCGUCAGGGUGUGCGCCUUCUCGCCCGACUCUGUGCACCUGGUCUCCGGUGGGUCCGAUGGCACCCUGGCGCUUUGGGAUUUUACAAAAAGAUCAUUGCUAAGGACAUGCGCUGUGUCCGACAACACGUUGGUGGCCUGUUCCUUCAGUCCGUGCGGUCAGCUGUUUGUCAGCGGUUCCUCUUACGGAGACCUGAGGGUUUGGAACCUGGAGCUAAGACAACUCCAUGCAGCGAAGGAUGCCCACGACCUCGGGGUCUCAUGCUGUCAGUUUGCACCACAGAUGCAGAGAGGGAGUGGCAGUGAUGUGAUGGAGUAUCGCCUGGCCUCCUGUGGCCAGGACAGUCUCCUGAAGAUCUGGAUCCUCUCCUACACACCAUCCACAGGGUGUAAGAUGCGUCUACACAGCACCCUGACUGGACAGACAGCUCCAGUGCUCUCCUGCAGUUUCUCAGCAGACGGACAGUUGUUGGUGUCUGGGUCUGUUGAUAAGAGUAUCACAGUAUAUGAAGCUAGUCAUGGCACUCUGCUCUACACCCUGAGACAGCACGAGAGGUAUGUGACUGCGUGUGCGUUCUCCCCCACGCUACCCCUCAUGGCCACUGGCUCCAUGGACAAGAGUGUGAACCUGUGGAGGGUGGAGGACGGCCACAGCACAAAGGGUGCAUGCACACACACAACCUGGUGGGAUGAGGCAACCUCCUCUGAUGGUGAUAAAGAAGGUGAGAAGACGACUGGCUACUCCACCCUGAUGCCAAGUGAUUGGUCGGAAGAUGACGUGUCGUCCUGGUUACGGGACCAAGGGCUGGAGGCACUGGUGGACGUAUUCAAGACAAACAACAUUGACGGGCAAGAGCUCAUAGCCCUCAACAAAGACACCCUCUCCACAGAAUUGAAAAUAGAGUCUGUGGGUCUCCGAGCCAAGCUGGUUCGGAAGAUUGAGGAGUUGAAGAUGGAGUCCACGUGUACAGGCGUCCCCAAUGAGUACCUGUGUCCAAUCACACAAGAGCUCAUGAAGGACCCUGUUAUUGCUGCAGAUGGCUAUUCGUACGAACGAGAGGCUAUUGAGAGCUGGAUCCGCACCAAGAAUCGCAGCAGCCCCAUGACCAACCUGCCCCUGCAAACCACUCUGCUCACGCCCAAUCACACCCUCAAGAUGGCCAUCUCUCGCUGGAAAACCUCCCUCUGAGGCAUGCUGGGAUAUGGCUCCUGCAGACUCCGUGGUGGUCAGUCCUCUACAGACAAAAAUAUCAAUUCCCAUUCGUUAUGUACGUACUUGUUUGUGACUGCCCCUAAAAUUACUUGUCGAAGGCUUUUCCCCUUUUUAACCCUCUCUGGUCUGGCUACAGAUGGGAGGCCUGGCUGUACUGUAGAAAGUGAUUCAUCAUGUACAGUAUAUUAUGUACAUUUGAUAUAUUAUACUGUGUAUACUGCAUCUAUGUACAGUUGAGGACAUAAUUAGUAGCCCCCCUUUAGGAAAUUACACAAAACUCUUUUAUCUGGGCCCUACCCUACCGUGGCGCUAACGGUAGGGCACUCAUCUGCUACGCAGCUGACCCGGGUUCGAUUCCGGCCCGGGUCCUUUGCCGACCCUUCCCGGCCUCUCAUGUCCUUCUCGCUUCCUGUCACUGCUUCACUGUCCUAUCAUACAAAUAAGUCAAAACACCUAAAAAUAUCUUUAAAAAAGACAAAGACAUGUUCUAUAUGUAAAUAAAAUGGUUAAUAUAUACUGAGAAUAAAAGUGAUUUAAUCACAUGACUGAUGAUGACAUUCUGAUUAUUGAUUUCCUUCCAUGUAGUUUGCGUGUGUGCGUGUGCAUGCAUGCAUGAG